CGACUGUCAUUCACAACCCCCUGAAAGCCCUUCAGCUCUGUGGGAGGUCAAGUUCAAAACUUAACAGGAGCAACCCAACAGCUUCUGAUCACAUAUCAUAAUUUCCUUGAUGUCAGUUCUGGAGCUACGGCAAGGUUUCUAUGUGCAUGUUUUUUAAUUGUGCAGUAAACUGAAUCUAACCCUUCUACAGUUCAAGAAAGCUUUUAGUUGAAUGGCUCAGGAGACAGACUGAUUGCCUGUUAUGUUUUGUGGAGAUGUCUCCAGAGAGAAGCAUGUUAGAUCCACAUUAAAUUGAGAGUAAUAUAUGAGGGGCUAUCACAGCAGGUACAUGCUCAAAAUAGCUUCAGAUUCCUAUAGAAAUGAUAGGAGAGGAAGCACAACCUGUUUCCACAUCUGGAGCAGCCCCCUUUCUCUCUCACUUCCCCCCCUUCCCCCCAGUGACUUUCAUUUUUUAAUGUUAUCUUGGAAGAAAAUGCGGCUCACUUGCACAUAAUUCUCUUGUUGCAUCUUUAAAAGUCUGUCUCUGAAGCCAUUCUAUAACGUACAGUGUAGGAUGAUUUUAAUUAUCUGUCUCUCUCCUUUUAGUGUAUGCUGUUGUAAUACACUCUAAAUGCUUUUCUUUAUCCCUCCACUCUUUUAUUACUGUUGGUCUUUUAUGAUUCUUCACUUGCGUUGAUUUUGAUGGCACAAACUUGAUUGAUUUCUUGAGAUUCACACAUUUAGAGUUCUACAGCUCUCAAUGAGAAAUUGAAAUAGUUGGAAUAAAAUAAAUAAAGGUCAUAAAGUAUCAGUUGAUAUACUAAAACAAAACAGUAGCAUUAAAAAGGACUGUUUCCCCCCCCUAUGCUAGCGAUGCCAACAAAUAAUAUUGGUAAAUAUCUCAAGUUUCCGUUACUUGUCUUAAAGGCAGCUGGGAAAAAAAAACCUAAAGAAAGGCAGAUUUUGUUAGUGUUCUUUUCAGAUGCUCUUUUCCUUAGGGAUUUUCCUUGUGGUGUUGUGACAUUUUAAACGUACAUGAAAAAUAGGAAUCUGUGAGCUAAACUGUUUAUGUUUUUUUCAUCAUAGGACUUUCCUGACAUCCAGUUUCUGCUGCUCAGAGUCAUCUUUCCCUUGCUAAAAACCUCAUUUAUAUCAUUUAUAGGUAGUCCUUGACUUGCAACCAUUCCUUUAAUGACUGUUUAAAGUUACAGCAGCAUUGAAAAAAGUGACUAAUGAUCAGUUCUCACACCUAUAAGUGUUGCAGCAUCCCCACAGUCACACUUCAGGUGCUUGGCAACCAGCAUGUAGUCCUGGGAUUGUCAUUUGCAAACUUCCCUGGGAGCUUCCAAUAAGCAAAGUCAAUGUGGGGAAGCCAGAUUUGCUUAAUGACCUCUUGCUUUACUUAACAGUUGUAGUGAUUUGCUUAACAACCACGGCAAAAAAAAAAAGGUAAUAAAAUGGGGCACAACUCAUUUAACAACUACUUUGUUUCACAGCAUAAAUUUUGGGCCCCAUUGUGAUUGCAAGUGGAGCACUAUCACUUGCCCUUCCUGAAGCAUGAUUCUAUGGAAAACCAGUUUCAUAUCAAUGCAGAAUUUGCAAAUCUGCAUGACAUUGCUCUCCUUCCCAAAUGCAAGCGAAAUUGGUGGAUUUUGGAGGCCAUCCAAUUGGAAUCCUGGGAAGGACCAAGCUCAGAGUCCAUUACAAAGACUUCUCCGGGGACCUACCCAUCGCAGUCGUCAAGGAGACCCGACCAACCCUUCUUGGAGUGGAGUGGUUCAAGCCUCUAGGGCUCACCAUUGGCGGGAUUAAUCAGAUUAGACAGAGCGAACUCGACAAGCUCCUAGGGGACUUCCAGGACGUCUUCAACGGGAGCCUAGGUAAAUUUUUGGGGAAACCCAUUUCAUUCAAUUUAGAUCUAACAAUUACUCCAAUUUGGCUAAAGCCCCGCAGGGUUCCAUUCACCCUCCGGCCUAAAGUUGACGCCCAACUGGACAAAUUAAUCACCCAGGGCAUACUGGAGCCGAUUGAUCAUGCCGCAUGGAAGACCUCCAUUGUGACCCCAAUGAAGCAUGAUGGAUUUGUGUGUAUCUGUGCUGAUUAUAAAUGCACCAUUAACAGGGCAUUACAGCAGAGCGCAUACCCAGUCCCAGUGGUGCAACAUCUGUUGCAUUCGCUAGGGAGUGGAACCAUAUUUGCAAAAUGGACCUGGCCCAGGCUUACCAGCAACUGCCAGUCAAUGAAAAAACUGCGGAGGCUUAGACUAUUGUCACUCACCGGGGUGCAUUCAAAUGCAACUACCUCCAAUUUGGAGUCAGUGCUGCCCCAGGCAUUUUCCAAUCGAUGAUGGAACGCCUUCUGCAAGGCAUUCCAGGGGUGGUGCCAUACUUUGAUGAUGUCUUGGUCUCUGGCCACUCAGAAGCCCAACUACUGGAACAGCUCAGGCUUGCCCUGCAGCGGUUUCAGGCGAAGGGUCUAAGAGUCAGGAGAGACAAGUGCAUCAUCGGGGUCCAGGAGGUCGAGUUCCUGGGCUACCUAAUUGAUAGCAAAGGCAUCCACCCCACCAAAAGUAAAGUUAAAGCAAUUCACGAAGCUCCAGCCCCCCAAAACAAAGCAGAGCUUCAGGCUUUCUUGGGACUACUGAACUUUUACAGUGUCUUUUUAAAACAGAAAGCCACAGUUGCUGAGCCCCUCCAUCGACUUUUAGGGAAGGCGAUUCCUUGGAAAUGGGGGGAGGAAGAAGAGUCAGCUUUCCAGAACAUCAAAAAACUACUCUCUUCGGACAGCGUCCUCAUGCAAUACCAUGGGACACUCACCCUGUUUCUGACCUGUGAUGCCUUGCCAUAUGGAGUUGAGGCUGUCCUCAGCCACCAACUUCCCAAUGGAUCAGAAGCUCCCAUUGCGUUCUUUUCGAAAACAAUGUCCACGACUGAGCGCAACUACAGCCAGCUGGACAAGGAAGCCUUGGCCAUCGUAGCUGGCAUCAAGCACUUCCAUGAAUACCUAUACGGAAGAGCAUUCACCAUUGUGACGGACCACAAGCCGUUGCUGGGACUCCUCGCAGGAGACAAACAAACGCCCACCUACAUGUCGCCCAGGAUGACACGCUGGGCCAUCUUCCUCUCUGACUACUUGUAUAAACUGAUAUACAGGCCUGGCAAGUCCAUCUGCAAUGCCGAUGCCCUCAGCAGAUGCCCCAUCCAAGAGCCAGUGGAAGACCCGACACCCACUCUUGGACUGUUCCAUAUUGAUGAUGACCAGUUGUGCCCAGUUUCAUCCACCACCGUGGCGAAGCACACCCAAAGAGAAAAAACCCUCAGGCAAGUCAUGUCCUGGAUCUUGAGGGGCUGGCCAACUGGGAGAGUGGGCGAAGAGUUCAGUCCAUUCAUGCGGGAACAACAAGAACUCUCCACAAUGCAAGGAUGCCUCCUCUGGGGUGACAGGGUGGUGAUUCCCCACAUCCUACAGAAGAAGACCUUGGAGGCACUGCACAGUGGGCAUCCUGGCAUCGUCAGGAUGAAGGCCCUGGCACGGAGCUAUGUCUGGUGGCCAACGCUGGACAAGGACAUUGAAAAAUGGAUCGUCAGAUGUGACCCAUGCCAGGAGGUGAGACCGGCGCCACUGCAAGCUCAGCCAACGGAGUGGGAGAUGCCCAGCAGCCCCUGGUUGAGAAUUCACAUCGAUUUCGCAGGACCAAUAGAUGACAAGUUUCUUCUCAUCGUGGUGGAUGCGUUCUCAAAAUGGCUGGAAGUAAUCGUGAUGCCCACCACCACGACAGAGGCCACCAUCAGGGCACUCCACCGGCUGUUCACCACGCACGGCCUUCCAGACGUCCUGGUCUCAGACAAUGGCCCCCAGCUCACUUCCAAGACCAUAGAAGACUUCUUAGCAGAGUUGGGCAUUAGGCAUGCCCUCAUCGCCCCUUACAGGCCGGCAGGAAAUGGGCAAGCGGAGAAAAUGGUGAGACUCACCAAAUACACACUCGCCAAAAUGGGCGCAGGAGACUGGCAGGAGAAAAUUGAUAAGUUCCUGUUCGCCCAGCACAUCACUCCGCACACCACCACAAAGAAGAGCCCGGCAGAGCUCCUGAUGGGGAGAAGACUACGAUCACCUUUGGAUCGGCUACACCCCCAGUACAAUCCGCAGUGCCAACAAAACAAUGCCCAGCUGCCACGGACUUUUGGAAUCGGAGAUCCGGUCUUCGCGCUAAAUUUCCAGGGCCCUCGGAAGUGGCUGAAAGGACUGAUCGGGAGAGUGACCGGUCCGAGAUCAUACAAAGUGGAGCUGGAAGACGGACGAACCUGCAGGCAUCACAUCGACCAGCUCUGGAAAAGGUGGAGGGGAGUUGAGGAAGACCAGCCAGACGAGGUAGGCCUGCGCCACCCCGGCGAGGUAGACUUCCACCACCCCGAUGAGGUAGGCCUACACUACCCCGACGAGGUAGGCCUGCGCCACCCUGGUGAGGUAGACUUCCACCACCCCGAUGAGGUAGGCCUCCACCCAGGUGAGGGAGGCCUGCACCGUCCCGGCGAGGUAGACUGCCACCACCCCAACGAAGUAGGUCUACACCACCCAGCAAGGCAGGCCUGUGCCACUCCGGUGAGGUAGGCCUACACCACCCCGACUGAGUCAGUCCGCCAGGGGCCCGGAGUGCAAGCCGAAGAAGGGAGGAAAGAACCCAAGGACCUACCACGGUUCAGCUGCCCAGCCCGGGUCCAAGGUGAACUUCAGCGGCCGAGUCUCCAUCAUCCCACCCAGGGAGAGGGACUCCGCCACCCGCAGGACAAUCCAACAAACCCAGCUGGAGGCGCUGGGCCAGACCCAGCGUACUUGACGGCCGAGUUCCAGACAAUUCCAUGUCGGGAACUGGAGAGGGCGGGAGCCCGACCCGUCCGGAUCAACAGCGAAGCAAGGACUGAACCGCGCAGGUCAAGUAGGGUUAGACGCCCCACCUACCUGUGUGACUAUGUGACCUAAGUCGGCUUGACAGACUGAGAACUAGGAGGGGAGGGGUGUUGUGUCUUUAUAUGGGCAUCCGCCGGUGGUUGGCUAAUCCAACGGCGGGAAGUUUAAAUGAAUGUCAUUGGCUGGCUAGCUUGCCAGAGCUGUAUAUAAGGAGGGCUCGGCAGCACAGCCGGCAGUUCCGUAUGAGCUGAAUAAAGUGCUGAACGGACCUCUGCUGAGUCGCAUCUUCUUUUCCCUGUGCCAAUCUAACAAUUACCAUGUGGAUUAACCCCCAAAUAGACUUUUACGAUGGUGGUUCUUUUGAAACUUAAAAGGGCCCUUUUCCACAGAUGUGAACAUGAUGCUCUGUUUCCACUCUGUCUUAUGAAAUACCCCCUCCCCAGUCAUCUGAAACUGGUAAUUCUCUCCAGGUCUGGUGACACCUGGAGAAAUAUUCCCAUAACAAACAAAUCAGAGUUUUCCCAGAUGUUUAUGUUCUUUAAAUCAAUAAGAAAGAAUGUGAUUCACCGAAGGCCUCAGAUUGCUCAUGGAGAAGUGAUUUUAAUCCUCCAAUACCUUCCUGUCCAAGAUAGGUUACAGGCAUCUCUUCUCUACUUAACUCAGCUGAAAGGAAGCCCAUAUAUUAUUCUGGAUAAAAAUGUA